AGGAAUUUUUCCCGGCCGCCUCCCCCUGGAUCCCGGCCCUGGCGCUGCUCCUCACCCUGGCGCUGUUCCUGCUGCUGGCGGCCGCGCUCCGACUGCGCUGGAACAGCCGGAUCCUGGCUCAGGAGCGAAAAAACCAGCGGGAGAUCCAGGAGGAGAUCGAGGAGCUCAAGAUGGAGCUGGAGGAGGAGAUUGCAAAAUUCCAGAGGGAGCAGCAGGAGAUGGAGGCAAAACUCGAGCGGAUCCAGGGCCCUCUGGUCUUCAGACGGGCCCAGAGUCACGCGGUGUCGCUGACUCCGGACGAGCGCUGCCCGGCGCCGGAGCUCCGGGGGAAUUCGGGGAUCCCGCGCUCGGCUCCCGGCUCCCGGCGCCGCCCCGAGGCCGCGGCCGUGGCGCGGGAAGGAUUUUCCCGAGGGAAGCACUACUGGGAAGUGGAGCUGGGCUCCGGCUCCGGCUGGGAGCUGGGAGUGCUGGCGGAGGAAAUCCGGGAUUCCCUCCGGGAUGAUUCCGUUCCCUCGGUUCCGGAGGAGAAGGUGGCGGGGCUGGAAUAUUCCCAGGGGGAAUUCCGGCUCCCCGGCGGGAAGCUGGAGCGGAAUUCCGGGCGCUGCCGCGUGCUCGGGCUGUUCCUGGACCAGGAAAACGGAGUUCUCUCCUUCUUCGACGUCGAGGAAAAGCAGCUCCUGGGAUCGCUGCCCUUGAGGAUUUCUGGGAAUCUCUUCCCGUUCUUCAGGCCGGGAUGGGACGGGAAUGUUCUGGGAAUUCGCCCGGUGGGGGUUUGAAAUGGACGGGAGAGACGUCGGGAAUUGUCAGUGUUAAAAAUUAAAUUUCUUGUUAAAUAUUCAAAUUGUGCCAUUGUAAUAUUCCAGUUGUUUCCUGACACUGAUCCUGACCCCCAGCCCUGAUCCUGAAACUGGUCCUGAAACUGAUCCUAAUCCUGAUCUUGAUCCU